GCACACGGGCUUUCUACAAAGGUGGGGCACCCACAAGACCCUUCAGAAAGGAUUGCAAAUCUAUAAAUUCCCAAAGGUCCAGAUGAGCGGGACCACUCUCUGAGCUGCCAGAGACUGAGUGGAAACAGCACAGCAGAAAGCAUUUUGUCUAAGGAGUGAUGGAGCCUGGAGUUGGAGCUGCUCAGCAUAUAAGGCAAGUGCUGCUUUUCUUUGUUUUCCUGGAAGGGUCCUCGGUUCUUGCCACGACCUGGAGAUAUUCUGUGCCAGAAGAAAUGGAGACUGGCUCCUCUAUAGCCAAUAUAAUUAAAGAUAUGGAUGUGGGUGAUCUGGCUGCACGAGGGGCCAGAGUUAUAUUUGAUGACUACCAGCCUUAUUUGCGGUUAGAACUGGAGACUGGCAACUUGCUUUUGAAUAAAAAACUGGACAGGGAGGCACUUUGUUCUAGCAGCGAACCCUGUAUAUUGCAUUUCCAGGUGUUAUUGGAAAAUCCUCUGCAAUUUCUUCAGGCUGAGCUUUUGAUUGAAGACAUAAAUGACCAUACCCCCACAUUUCUAGAAAAACUCAUAUUUCUAAAUAUCUCAGAAAGUGCUACUCCGGGAACCUCAUUCCAAAUGAAUGAUGCUCAGGACUUGGAUAUAGGGAUGAAUGGUAUCCAAAACUAUUCAAUAAGCCCCAACCCCUAUUUCUACCUUAAGUUAAAAGACAGUGGUAAAGGAAGAAGAUAUCCAGAGCUGGUACUGGUUAGAUCUCUGGACAGAGAAAAGGAGGCUUCAAUUAGCUUAAUACUCACAGCUAUGGAUGGUGGGUCCCUGCCCAGGUCAGGGACUGUAUUGGUUCAAGUUGUGGUUCUGGAUGUCAAUGACAAUGCCCCUGAGUUUGAAAGGACCCUGUACGAGGUCCAAGUACCAGAGAACAGUUCUGUGGACUCACUGGUAAUCAAGGUGUCUGCUACAGAUUUGGAUUCGGGAAUAAAUGGAGAAAUAUCUUAUUCGUUUUCUCAUAUCUCUAGAGAUGUACAAAAAACAUUCGAAAUCCAUCCAACCUCCGGUGAAGUCCAUUUGAAAACACUCCUAGAUUUUGAGGUAAUUCAGUCUUAUACAAUAAAUAUUCAAGCCAUCGAUGGUGGUGGUCUCUCUGGAAAAUCAGCCAUUAUUGUUCAGGUUACAGAUGUGAAUGACAACCCACCAGAAAUAGUCAUUACAUCUCUUAUGAGCUCUAUCCCAGAGAACGGUUUGUCAGAGAUGGUGGUCGCUGUUUUCAGUUUACGAGACCAAGACUCUGGAGAAAAUGGGAGAGUGAUGUGUUCAAUUGAAGACAAACUCCCUUUUCUCUUGAAACCUACUUUCAAAAAUUUCUACACUCUAGUAACAGAGCAUCCACUGGACAGAGAGAGCAGAGCUGAGUACAACAUCACCAUCAUGAUCUCCGACCUGGGCACACCCAGGCUCACAACCCAGCACACCAUAACAGUGCACAUCUCUGACAUCAACGACAACGCCCCCGCCUUCUCCCAAACCACCUACACCAUGUUCGUCCACGAGAACAACAGCCCAGCCCUGCACAUAGGCACCAUCAGUGCCACAGACUCAGAUUUAGGCUCCAAUGCCCACAUCACCUACUCACUGCUGCCACCCCAAGACCAGAGGCUGGCCCUCACCUCGCUAAUCUCCAUCAACGCUGACAACGGGCAGUUGUUUGCGCUCAGGGCUCUGGACUAUGAAACCCUACAGGCCUUCGAGUUCCUCGUGAGUGCCACGGACCGAGGCUCACCCGCGCUCAGCAGCCAGGCGCUGGUGCGCGUGGUGGUGCUGGACUACAAUGACAAUGCGCCCUUCGUGCUCUACCCAAUGCAGAACGCUUCUGCGCCCUGCACAGAGCUGCUGCCCAGGGCGGCAGAGCCUGGCUACCUGGUCACCAAGGUGGUGGCUGUGGAUCGCGACUCUGGACAGAAUGCCUGGCUGUCGUUCCAGCUACUCAAGGCCACGGAACCUGGGCUGUUCAGCGUGUGGGCGCACAAUGGCGAGGUGCGCACCACCAGGCUGCUGAGCGAGCGCGAUGUGCUCAAGCACAGGCUGCUGCUGCUAGUCAAGGACAAUGGCGAUCCUCCGCGCUCUGCCAGCGUCACGCUGCACCUGUUGGUGGUGGAUGGCUUCUCUCAGCCCUACCUGCCUCUGCCAGAAGUGGCGCACGACUCUACCCACGUGGAUGAAGAAGCGCUCACACUCUAUUUGGUCAUUGCCUUGGCGUCUGUGUCUUCGCUCUUUCUCUUGUCCGUGCUACUGUUCGUGGGGGUGAGGCUGUGCAGGAGGGCCAGGGCGGCCUCUCUGGGUGGCUACUCUGAGACUGAUGGACACUUUCCUGGCCACCUGGUGGAUGUCAGCGGCGCGGGGACCCUGUCCCAGAGCUACCAAUAUGAGGUGUGUCUGACAGGAAUGUCAGAUUCCAAUGAUAUUCGGUUCCUAAAGCCUGUCUCCCAACCUUGAGCGGGGCGGUGAAAUGCAUGGAAGAAAACACCUCCUCUAUGAAACGUUUUGGAUACAAUUAGCAAUUUGUUGACUCUCAUCAUGGUUCCUGAUGUACACUGGUUCUUUUUAAACAUUCUUGUUUGCUAUCAUUUUAUCUUCAUGAGAAACAUCUAAAGUUUUGCCUUUAUUUUCCUAAUUCAGUAGAUAACUUUCAUGUUUAUCCUUACAGGCUGGUCUCAAAAAAAAAAUCAUUUCCUGAUGAAGACAGAGAAUACUCAUUACUGACAAGUCCCAGUUUCUUCAACUUGUUAAAUUCUCAAAAAUUAAUCAUUAUUGAUUUGAAAAUCCUCACCUUCAUUCUAUUUGAUUGUUGUCCACAAAAAAAUUCGAAAGCAUUGAUGUUUUGAAGAUAAACGUGAUACAAAUGUAAUGAAUUAUCAGAGUAUCUUCUGUCUAAUCUAAUAUUAUGCUUUCCUAUCUAGGAUAUUUAGAGUGUCUGAAAAAUGCAUGGUUUUGUUGUACAGCAGAAUUAAUCAGAAAUGACAAUUUCUCUGAAAUGUCAAGACUUUUCCUGAUUUAAUGAAUGCCCAACAUGUAAUACAUAUAAAUAUUGUUUAAAUGUUUUUAGAUUAUCUCAAAAGUUGUAAAAAAAAAAAAAUAGACCCCUCCUGUGACAUCUGUCUAGCCCACCUCACAUUUUCUGAAAAUAUCUCUCUUCAGCAUAGAUAUAGGAUCAAAGCUCAGUUUGUUUUGAACAUCUCAGGCCCCUCUAUGGUUUCAAACAUUUGGAUCGAGUGAUGGGCAUUGCCAAUCUAAACUGAGCCAGUCUGAUCCUGGUUACCUUUAAAUUCACUUUAGAAACCAGAUGUAUUCUAGUCUCUCUGUUAGGAACGUUACAAGAAAGUGGUGUCAUCUUUUGGUGACGUAUCAAAUGUCAAACCUCUGGGAGAUGAAAGGAAAGACAAACCAAGCAAGUAACCUCGUGGAGGACCUUCAUUUUCACACGGCUUUCACUAUUGGGUUGGGAACUGGGGACAGAGAACUGAGACGCACCCUUGUAACAAAUGCUCCUCAUACAGCUUAGUAAAUGGUGGGUUUUUUUUUUUUCUAAAAGCAUGUUUUGAUAUUCUUGCCUUGAUUAGUGAACUAUACCUGUUGAUUUUACUUUUAUUACAAAACACAAUUAAAAUGUUUGCAAACUAUUACAGUAGCAUAGAACGGACGUGUGAAGCUUUUGUCUAAAAGGAAAAAUUUGAAGAUAGGAGUAGUGGUAGUCUCAGGAGGCUGAGGCAAGGUCUUGACAAGCCUUAGUAUUUUUCCUUUGAUAAAAAGAUGGUUUAGAUAACUCCUUGCUGUUUCCGAUGACUAUUAGAAGAGAGUAGAGAAUUGCGACUGAGGAAAGUGCUGUCUUGCUUAUUCAGCUUAUUAUAAAAUAAAUUAUAAUCCAAAGCAAAAACCAUUUACAAUAGGAAAAACUUCUCACAAUUUUGUGUUUUAUUCUAUGAUGAAUUAAGCAGAUAUUUGCUGAGACUCUUCUCUGUCCUAAAUAUUAUUUUGGAUAAUGGGGUGCAGCAGUAAUGCCAGCAAUGGGGAGUACUUACAGGUUACACAAAGGAAAUAACCCAACAUAUUCCUUUAUGCUGCAUAUGAUGAAAAAUACCUGAGAGAAAAAUAUGGGGUAAGAGGUGCUUUCAUAUGAACUUUUCCAUAGUUGAAUUGUUGUAUACAAUUUUAAGUUGCUGAUCGUAUGUAGAAAAUAUAAACUAGAAGUAACAUGUAAGUUUUCUUUAUGAAACCCAACCAAGUGGAACCACAAUUUUGGUACCUAGGAGACAUAAAAUUACAAAGAAACCCCAUAAGUAUUAACCUCACUUUAUGCUGAAAGAAUUUUAAGGAACCACGUGGCUAUAUGUUACUAAUUUUACAAAGUGACUGAUCAAUCACUAUUGUGUCUUUUUCUCUCUCUCAGUUUCGCCUAAAAUGUCUCCAGCUUGUCUGUGUUGUUUAUUCUUGUGAUUUUUAGAAUCUAGGGUAUUAAUAAGAAUUAUUAUUUUGUUGAGCGAGAGACUGGAUAAUUAAAAUAAUGUUAUUUAGUGUUUAAACUUCUGACCACCAAAUAGACUGUAAAAAGAAUGGAACCAUGCAGCGAUCUGUUGAAGGGCAUAGUCAACGCAUGGUGGCGCUGCAGGCUAAGACUUUAAAAAUGA